CCGAUACCGCAGUUAACUUUUCCUACUUUUCCGAUUAGCCAGCAUCGUUUGUUUAGUUCUUCGAUCGCAGGUCGGAGGAAUGGCAGACGGCUUUAGCGGCGUGUUGAGGAUUACAGAUUUAAAUGACUUUAUCGGACCCUCUCAGGAGUGCAUCAAGCCGGUGACGGUAGAGAAAGGUCCCGGAAAACUUGGCUCCAUCAAAAUCGGGGACGAUGGCUCCUACCUCCAAGUUGACGAGUCCGGGCAGACUUCGAAACUGGAGAAGGCGCAGAUAACGCUCACGGACUGCCUGGCGUGCAGUGGCUGCGUGACUUCGGCGGAAACCGUGCUGAUCACCCAGCAGAGCGCCGAGCAGCUUUACAGUGUGCUCAAGGAAAACGCGGAACUGCCCGAGGAAAAACGCAAGCUCAUCGUCGUCACCGUAGCCCCUCAGGUGGCCGCCUCAUUUGCUGGGAAGUAUGGCGUUGGCUACGAGCACGCUUCAGCAAGGCUGACUGGCUUUUUCAAGACAUUGGGGGCCCACUAUGUUUUGGACUCAACGUUUGGCCGGGAGUUUGCCCUCAUCGAGGUGCUACGAGACUUCCUCGAGCGGUGGGCACGGAGAGACAGCGAUCGAGCUGCCCUCCCUCUUUUAGCGUCAUCAUGCCCAGGAUUUGUCUGUUAUGCUGAGAAGACUCACGGUGAUGUAUUGCUGCCACACAUCAGCCGAGCCCGUUCGCCACAGCAGAUCAUGGGGUCAUUGGUCAAGAAGUUUCUGGCCGGUAGGCUGGGCAAAAAGCCUGACCAGAUUUACCACGUCAGCGUGAUGCCCUGCUACGACAAGAAGCUAGAAGCAUCACGGACCGACUUCUACGACGAAAUAUACAACACCAGAGAUGUGGACUGCGUCAUCACAUCUGUUGAAGUUGAAUCCAUGCUGGUGAAAGAAGGCAGGUCCUUUGGUGAAUUGCCCUCGGCUGCAUCAGAUUCACUGUUCCGGUGCGAAAUUGGUGGCCGUCCCUACAGGCACCCAGGAUCUGGAUCUGGCGGCUACUGCGAGUACGUCUUUGUGGAGGCAGCGAGGCUACUCUUUCAUAGCAGGCCUGAAGAGGUUGCCUUCAAGACCCUCAGGAACCAGGACUUCCGGGAAGUGACCCUGGAGGUUGGCGGGGAGACUGUGUUGCGCUUUGCCAUUGCCAAUGGUUUCCGCAACAUCCAGAAUGUGGUGCAGAAGAUGAAGCGGGGAAAGUGCCCGUACCACUUCAUCGAGAUCAUGGCCUGCCCUGCCGGGUGCCUGAACGGAGGAGCGCAGUUGCGACCAGAUGAUGGUGACUCGAAAGCUCUGUUGAGGCGUGUCGAAGAUGCCUACAAUGCAGUCCAGUGUCAGCCACCUGGCAUCAACACGGCCGUGCUGGAGGUGUACCAAGACUGGCUGGGUCUUGAGGACCCACUCGAUGGAAUUUGCGGUAGUGGUGAUCCAAUGCUGUUGAGAACUACUUACCGCGCCCUGGAGAAGACGACAAGUGCACUCAACAUUCGGUGGUGACGACGUUGCUAUCUGUGUGGCAGCACGGGUGUGAUUGAGCGUGUCGUGUAUGAACAUCUUGUGAGACUGAUAAUGAAGUGAACUUCGUUUUUAAGGCAGUACUUGUCGGAGACUAAGUGUUGUGUUAUAGGAUAUACACUUGUGAACUAAAUGAGAGGGAACAAUUAAAUAAUCUUCAAGUAACA